UCCUCUCUUCGGCCUCCAUCCGGGAGCGACUGCCAAGACGUCCCGAGCGGCGCCAGAGCCCGCGCGGUGAGUUCCGCAGGCAUGGUGGGCCCGGCGCUGGCUGCCUCCCCGGCCGGGGGCGUCGCGCUGGAGAACGCCAACCCGCUCAUCUACCGGCGCCAGGGCGAGCGGCCGGUGACGGCGCGGGAGGAAGACGACGAGCUGCCCGACGCCAUCGACGACCGCGAGAUCUUCGAUCUCAUUCGGUCCAUCAAUGACCCGGAACAUCCCUUAACGUUGGAAGAGCUAAAUGUUGUGGAACAAGUUCGUGUCAAAGUGAACGAUGCAGAAAGUACUGUUUCGGUGGAGUUCACUCCCACCAUUCCUCACUGCAGCAUGGCAACGCUGAUUGGCCUUUCGAUCAAAGUGAAGCUGAUUAGAUCCCUCCCUGAAAGGUUUAAGGUAGAUGUCCACAUAACACCUGGAACCCACACCUCUGAGCAUGCAGUGAACAAGCAGUUGGCUGACAAAGAGAGAGUUGCGGCUGCCUUGGAAAAUGCCCAUUUGCUGGAAGUGGUGAACCAGUGCUUGUCAGGAAGACCUUGAUGCAACGUCUCCCACCUGGCUGUAGUCUUACUCAUUUUGUAUAUAAGAGGCUAUCAUUGUAUGCAUGCUUAAGUUUUUAAAAAUGUUUUCGUAAAGGCAAGGCCUUGUCACUGCUUUAAGGAAACUGAUUUAAAAGGAAAUGUGAAUUGGAAACACAUACUGUUGAAACAGAGUGUCUUUUCUGGGCCUGAAAUAAAGGAACGGAUCUUA